AUGCUGCCAGCUCCCGAGCUAGGCAUCCCUUGUCUCCCUUCCAUCGCAGGAGCUUCCUGUCGCAGCUACCUUCAUGCCAUGCCAUGCUUCGCAUGCCGUAGCUCUGUGUCGUAUGAUGCUGGACCAUUCGCUGCGCUCGAUGCUUACUCGCGGCUGCACCAGCAACCAGACCUUGGUACAGCCGCAACAGAUCCUUCCACCAACUCGAGUCAGAUUCCAUCCCUCAACUUUCUCACGGAACUGCCUGCUAGAAAGCCAUCUUGCACAAGAGGAAGCGCCUGGUUAGGCAAUUCUGAGAGGAGAGGAGCCAAGGCGGAGAGGAGAGGAGUCAAGGCGGAGAGGAGAGGAGCCAAGGCGGAGAGGAGAGGAGCCAAGGCGGAGAGGAGAGGAGCCAAGGUGGAGAGUAGAGAAGUCAAAGCGAGGAGAGGAGUCAAAGCUGAGAGGAGAGGAGUCAAAGCUGAGAGGAGAGGAGUCAAAGCUGAGAGGAGAGGAGUCAAAGCUGAGAGGAGAGGAGUCAAAGCUGAGAGGAGAGGAGUCAAAGCUGAGAGGAGAGGAGUCAAAGCUGAGAGGAGAGGAGUCAAAGCUGAGAGGAGAGGAGUCAAAGCUGAGAGGAGAGGAGUGAGAGGAGAGGAGUCAAAGCUGAGAGGAGAGGAGUCAAAGCUGAGAGGAGAGGAGUCAAAGCUGAGAGGAGAAGAGUCAAAGCUGAGAGGAGAGGAGUCAAAGUUGAUAGGAGAGGAGUCAAAUCUGUUCAGAGAGGAGUCAAAGGGCCUUCGACGAGUCAACUAUUUAUUCUGUUCAGGCCAGACUAGCAUAGCAAUUAUGGCAGUUCGACCGGACGUUCUCUUUAACCGAAUGGCAGGUGAUGACCGCGACAUCACCGCCGUCCCUCUACUGACCCACGACUGUCUUUCGCAAGAUCUUCAUGUAAAACCACCUUUAUCCACCCACGGAACAACCCCAACGACCCAGAACCACGACGACUGGAUUUCUUUUCAAGAGGCAGCAAAAGUGUUGGAGCUCGCUGCAGGUUGCGCAGUAGCAGCAGUGAAUCAAAUCGGGAUCGGGGAUUGCGAUGUGAAGGCAGAGCUCGGCACGCUCAAGGCGAGAGUACUAGCUGAGCUGCCAGCUCUACUUGCUGUGAGCACCAGCCCACACCUCUCCUAUGAGGCCCAGGCUGAAGCCAAGGCUGCGGCUGGGUCCGAGGCUGAAUCCGAGGCUGUCCCACAUCGUGCUGGUGCAACUGGGCCACUUGCUGCAGCCACCGAUGCAAGCCUGCCGCCGGAGCAGCAGCUUGAAGGGGCGUGCACAACAUGCAAUGAGGACUCCUUGCUGCUGGAAGGAUCAUGCCAGAGCACUGCAAAGCGCUUCAGCUCUACUCACUCCCUGCUGCUGAAGCAACCCGUGCCGCCACACCACGCCCAGGAAGCAGCUGCACCUGCUACUGCAGCCCAUCUCCCUUCUGCGAUCCCCGCGAAUCCUCCUAUUGCCAGAAAGCGCCUGCGAUCACUGCCACUGGAGCCUCUGAAGGGUCUCUAUAAGCCUUCUCCCUCUCAACGUCCCCAACACAAACGUCUGUUCUGGAUGCAGCAGCAGUCAUUGCCCACUAUAGCUUUCUUCCCUCCAACACCAGUAGCAGCAGCAGCAGCAAGCGUGGUUUGUAGCAAUGAGGGCCUGAGAGCUCCACUAUCCCCAGAAGCAACAGCAUCUCGUCAUUUCCCUCUGCUUCCUGCUCAACCUGCGCAACAGCGGCAUCUCCCCCCUCUCAGGCAGAAGCAGCUGCCAGGGAAGCCUGGGGCCAGAUGGAGAGUAGAAAGCUACGGCGGGCGCACUGGAAUGAUCAGCAGCAGCUCCAGCCCAGAUGAUUCACCUACCAGAUGCCCCCACAAUGGAAGAAUGGAUUCAAGAACAGAGCCAUUGCACACACUCGACGGCUGCCAUUGUAACCCUUGCUGGCCACUACCCAGAGCAAGUGUCAGCCAAAGGGACGCAGGUGUGUCUCAAUUGACAGCAGUGCGUCCCCACCUUGCAGCCUCAGAGAUUGCUGCAAGGAUUCUCGAGGCACGGCGUGUGGCAGAGUGCACACCGGAGGGGCAGCAGCACUUUGUGGCUGCUGGAGUUCAUGACAUGGUUGCCUGCAGUGGCAAGAUCAUUCCUGCUCCUGCAUCCCUGGCUUGUCCCGUGCUCAUCCCAGAAGAAACCUGCUUCCCUGCACUCCAUGCCUUGUCUCCGCGCCCCAUUGCUCACAAUCAAUAA